AUGGCUCGGCCUAGAGGGGCCCCCUCGGCUGCGGUGGACGGCGUCGCCCUGCUGGCGGCCGCCGUCCGCGCCGCUGUGGAGGCGAAGGCGCCGCGCCGCACUGUGGCGGCGGUGGCUGGCGCUGUGGCGGCGGUCGCGCUCCGUGCGCGGACCGCGCCACCCGCGCCGCCGCCCGCCGCUGGUGCUGCGCGCGCCGAGGAUGCGGAUGCGCCCCCGCGCAGCUCCGCCGCGAAGGUCGAGCGCCGCCGACGCCGCCGCCAGCGCCUUGCGGCGCGGCGGGCGGCGGAGCGCGGCGGGGCGGCCAACGCGGCCGACGCUGGGCGUGGAGGCGCUGCUGACGGUGCCGCCGCCGCUGCUGGCCUCGAGCUCGUGCAGCUCCCCAUGGUCGUCGACGUCGUCGACGACGAGUGGGCUGACGAGCUGCCGCCGCGCCGUGCGCGGAGGCAGCUGCGGCGCACCGACACGGUGGCGGCGGAGGACCCGCGUCCUCCUGCCGCCGCCGUGGCCGCUGCGGCGGCGGGCUGCGGCGGCGCGGCGGGCAUGCAGGCGUUCCUCGAGGAGGCCUUCGCCGCGGGCGUGUCCCCCGCCGACGCCGCGGCCCUGGUCUCCUGGUGCGCCGCCCCCGGCGCCCCAGAGGCCGCGCCGCCCGCCGGCGACGAGGGCGGGCCCGCCGCCGAGGGCGCGGCGCCUGCGCUGGCCGGCGGCGCUGUGGUGCUCGACGACCGGGGGCUGCACUGCGGCCCGUGGGGCCCCCGCGUGGUGCUGGGAGGCUCUGGAACAAAGUUUCACUUCGCCUUCGGCUCGGUGGGUUUUUCGUCCGGCAGGCACGCCUGGACCAUCUCCUGGCGGCCCCUGGGCGGCGCGAAAAGCGGGGCGCCUGGCCGUGGCGGCGCAGCUGGGCUGGCGCGGGAGGCCGACGCCGCGGUUGCUGUUGCGAGGGGGCCAGGCGGAGCCGGCGCCGCCUCGACGUCCCAGGCCUCCCCCAAGAGCGGCUGCUGGCCUGCGAGGGGCGCCUCCGACGAGCUCGCGACGCGCUUCGCGGACUGGCCCACCUGCAUCGUGUUCGGGAUGAAGCAGGACGUCCACGACAGACGCUACGUGCCUUGGGAGGGCCCGGCGGAGUGGGCAGGCGGCGCAGCCUCCUCCGCCCCGAGCAUCAAGUUCGCCAUCGUGCUCGACUUCCCGAGCAGGACUGUCACCUACGUGGCGGACGGCGGUCAGCGCCGAUGGGAUGCCCCGCUCCCCCACAGCGGCGCCGUGCACCCGGUGAUAGCCGCCUCCGGCCCCCACUUCUUCCAGAUCCGGUACGGCAUGCACCUCUGA